UUCCUUUAUUGGAUAAACGCUGUCAUUGGCGUCAUAAGUAUUGACAGUGGCUAGCUUGAUUUUAGUUACGGUUUUGCCCGCUGAUUGUUUUUAAAUUCAAUUUUUGUUUAUGAUUACUCCCGUUUUCGUUCAGAAACAGCUCGAGCCUCUCUUCUGUGUGUCGCGAAUUAGAUAUGAAUGUAAUAAACACAAUAGGGGAAAAGAUACUCAGUAUUUUUAAGAAUUAAACUUCUCAGUGACAGCGUAAGCGCAAUAUUUGUAGUCAACGUAAACUACGGAUAAUAUGUUUUUAAUACUACUAUUUUGCCGUUGAUUUCUACAAUCCAUCACAAUUGUGUUUGUACUUUACAUCCAUUAGUUGAAUUAUUACUGUCAGCGAAAUGAAUCGCAAUAUAGCGUACCUUCAAUACAGAAGUAUACUUUGCAGGCAGUUUCAUUUAAGGGUGGUGACAGUAUUGGCCGAAUAAUUAUUCACCUUGAUUCGGUUAUUUUAGAGUACGUCUGGGUUGUUAUGCUUGUUCUGCGAUUUUCUUUGGGAAAACUCAAAAUAUUUUUUCGUGAGAUUGAUAUAUGUUUUGCUUCUGUGUAGCGGAGUAGAACUGUUAGUAAACACGUUUGUUUUGGACUUAACAUAGAACACUUCUAUACAGGACAAGAUCUGUAAAUUAGUUUUUGAUUUUGUUGUUACUAUGAAGGACCUUUCGGCGCCAAUUAGUCGUAUACUGUUUGGAGGGGGGCGGGGGCGGCGGCGGCUAAGUAAAUGUUUGAGCAGCAGUACAAGCAGUUGUUGAUUCAGCAAUGACACAUUGAUGUAAUAUGGCAGUCACACAGUUUAUUUUAUUUUUAAUCGAUCUGGCUGCAGUAUAUUUAGAUUAUUUACGCAGUCCAGAAAUCAAAAGGAAAGCUACAGAACUUGCAGACUUCUCUUCGUGACAUGUGACUAACACAAAUUUUUAGUGCUAAUUUGUGUUUCUAUUGAAGAUAGAAGUUUCAUCUUACAGAAAAUUAUAUUUGUAGAGACUGUGAAGAACAGCUGUUAAUGAGAUAGUUCCAUGUUAUAUUCUUGUGAUUCGUAUGCUAUACCGCCGUUAAUGUUUUUCAUCGGCCGAUAUGAUUACUAAGACACGAGUUUGUCGCGCUUUCAUAUUAUUAAAUUUAAUGUUGGGAACAUGGGAGAGGAUUGUUUUAAGUUAUUGGUUUUGUUAACAGUAACCAUGCACUCUUUUCUGAGAGCUUUAUAUGCAUUUGCAUAUGGAAACCCUGUAACACAGUCGUUACGGAAUUUCCGCGCUGAGUUCCGUCGAUCGAAGGGUGCUAUGGUGGAGACAAGCGAAAGCUUGUCUGUGACGGCCCGGGGUCGGUUGCCACUCGGGUGUACGCGGUGUUUCUGAACUUCCUCUGAUGGCCACCGUGAUCGCUGUGGAGUCCUAGAGCUGGUACAGAGUAGGAACGAAUAGAAGCCACGUGAUGGUAUAUAUCAAAAAUCAGAAUUAAAUACAUGAAUUGGAAGCUGAUAUGUGGGCGUCGAGUCGUACAUUCUUGCAUAUACAACUCCUGAGACUGGAAUAGAAUGCAUUAGGCCAACGGCUGCAGGGCUUGGAGGUGCGAACCACGGUGGCCAAGCAUGUGGCUCCGCAGUGAGCAGCGUGAACGAAGGGCUGUUGCUGUGUCCACACGUGGUGGUCGCAUCACACGACGACGCACAAAUCUGCUCAAAGAGACGUGUCGAGAAAAUGUCCUGCAAGUGAAUGGCCACAAUACUGGAAUACCUACAGUGCGUGAAGCAAAUGUGCGUCGUACACGCCGCUUGAGUGUGACUAGUGACCAACUGAUUUCUUCAGCACCUCCAAUGCGACACAUCAAAAGUGAUGCCAAAGAUACAUUGGUGACUGUUUCCAAACUGAGUGAGGAGACAAAAGAGAACUGGCAAGCCACAGUUGUCCCCAAUGAUGACCAGAUUCCAGUUUACAAUGCAGUAUUUGAAGGCCAUCAUCCAUAUGAAGGCAGUCCACCACCAGAACCAGAAGAGCUUCCCAUGUCCGUAGACAGAGAGGAUGAUUUGGGUUCUGUCACUGCACCAGAUCUUGCCAGUUUAUUAGAGGAAGAGGAUGCCAAGCGAGAAAAUGAGUUAUUAUCUGGGCUACACUGCAGCUACCCAACCACAGUGGACCAGGCGUGUGACACAUCUUGUGACUUCCCAACCACAGUGGACCAAGCAUGUGACACAUCUUGUGACUUCCCAACCACAGUGGAUCAGGGAUGUGACACCUCUUGUGACUUCCCAACCACAGUGGAUCAAGGAUGUGACACAUCCUGCGACUUCCCAACCACAGUGGAUGAGGGAUGUGAAGCAUCUGUCGGUUAUUAUGAGGAACGAGGUGGUGAUUUGUUGGAGACAACUUCAGUGGCUGAUCCUCCUCCUCCUACUGUUGUGGCUGAACCCAGCCCCACCACAGUCACGGAGACAGAGGAAGAAUGGGAGCCAUUUGACCCCUAUGUGUUUAUCAAGCAGCUGCCACCACUGACAGUGGAUAUGCGCGCACGUUGUCCUGCCCUUCCUCUGAAGACAAGAAGCAGUCCUGAGUUUUCACUUGUCUUGGAUCUGGAUGAAACUCUAGUGCAUUGCAGCCUGCAAGAAUUAGAGGAUGCAUCGUUCAGUUUCCCUGUGGUUUUCCAGGAGAACAGUUACACUGUUUAUGUGAGAACCAGACCAUUCUUUAGGGAAUUUUUGGAUAAAGUGUCAUCUAUGUUUGAAGUUAUCCUCUUUACUGCAUCAAAGAAGGUGUAUGCUGACAAGCUCCUAAAUCUUCUAGAUCCAUUUAGAAGAUGGAUAAGGCACAGACUGUUCCGGGAACAUUGCAUUUGUGUUAAUGGAAAUUACAUAAAGGAUUUAUCUAUACUGGGCAGAGACUUAUCAAAGACAAUCAUUGUGGAUAAUUCACCACAGGCAUUUGGCUACCAGUUGGAGAAUGGUAUACCAAUAGAAAGCUGGUUUGUUGAUCGAACAGAUACAGAGCUUAUGAAACUUUUGCCAUUCUUGGAAAAACUGGUUCAUAUGAGAGAAGAUGUCCGGCCGCACAUCAGAGAGAAGUUCAAAUUAUUUAGUUAUUUACCACCUGAUUAGGAUCUAUCAUUUUUAUAAUAAAUGACUUCUAUAUUAUUUGUUGUUUAUAUUUUUAUUUUAUGUGUAUACAAAAUGUAAGUUAAAAUGUGCUUUUAGUUUAUAUUGUUUCUACAUCUGUCCAAAUUGUAGUACAAUUUCAUAUAAUUAUGUAUGCUAUUUAUUGUAGCAAUCCUGUUUCUUGCUCUGUCAUUAUAAGUAUUUGUAAAAAAAGUAUUGUUGGCUGAAUGAGCAAUGUCCGGAAGCAACGCAGUUUUAAAUGUAGAAUAUUAGAUUUUUAGUUUUAGUUCCAUAUUCAUUUUAAAAUAUAAUGUGUUUUAUCUUUACAGAUAAUAGCAUAGUAUCACAGUGAAAAUCACGAUUGAAAUACUGUUUCCACUCCAUGUUUUAUAACAAGUGGGAUUUUACAUGUUACUUUGUUUUUAUUGGACUAGUGGUUUUUGGAAAACCUACAGUGUUUGUUAUCAGUUGUUUUAAUGAAGUGAAACAGUGUGUGGCAAUAGUAAGUCCUUUUGCUGAAACUGCCAGUUUUUUAAGUGAUUCACAUUCUUUUGAAUGAUAUUUUUAGUCCAAAAGAAAUAAGCAUUAUUUUAAAAGAAACAAAUUUUAAUUGCUUUUAUUUUGUUAUUUAAUUUUUAACCUGAAUUGGUUCACUAUUUUACAAAUGGAAGCACAAAUAUAUGUGAUUUUUUUAAAAUUCCUUUUAUAAGAAUUGCAGACACUUUUAUCAGGAAGGUAAAACUUGUGUAGUCACAAGGAUACGAAGAAGUAUCUGUUAAUUUGGUGUUCAGUCCAAAUGUUUACUUUUCCUAUUUGUGAUGACCUUGUUUCAGAAAAUGAAACUAUCUUAGUGUGAACAGAGUUGUUUUAUGAUGUGUACAAGCUGUGAAAGAUGUAUGUCCUUGUUGUCAGUUCAUUUGAUGUGUACAUGUUUCUGGUGUUCAAAACCAAUUUUUUUUUUUUUUUUGAAAAAUUUUGUGUUUCCUGUUUGUAUUUAUCUUUGAUGUAAGUGUUUGUCAAAACUGGUAAAUUGUUGUGGUCAGAACCACACAGAGAAAUGCAAUAUGACAGCUUUUGUGAAGGCUUAUUUAAUAGUCGAAAAUAUUAUGUAUGUCAGCCAUGAAUGCAACCAUUACUUAAUUUGAGGUUUACACGUAAAAAGAAAUUAUCAUCACAGAUUUUACUUAGUGUGUUGGAUGGUUGUGUGUUUUAUGAGAUUUAUGGGGAGAAAAUGUUAUUUUAGUUGUCAUUUUCCUUCAAACUAGGCUCACGUGAAGAAACUGUAAUGGGGAAAGUACAAGAUUAUCUGUCCAUUAUUGAUCAUCCUUUGCCAAUUUUACCUUGACUUAAGUAGUGUUAGCAUUUGCUUCUUAACACACACACUUCAGUAUUGAAUUUAAUUAGGUAUUUCCAUAAGCAGUUGUAGAAUAACAUCUAGAUGGGUGACAUGUAAUUUUGCAGUAAGAAGCUUGAGCACUCUUUAAAAUGUUAUUUAAGUUGUAAUAUGAAGUAAUUUAAAUAUGAGGAAAAUAUUUCAGCCUCUGGUAAUCUGGAAUUGACCACACAGUUUAAUCAUUAUCUUUUUCAUUACUAGGGAAAUGUUUCCCUUCAUACUGUUUUUAUCAUAUGGAGAAGACUCUGUUUAUCAUUUCAGAAAUAAGUAUGGAAUAUAAAUCUCAGACCUUUCAUUUAAUCUUUGGAAAAAUAACUGUUGUCAAAGAAAAAUAAUUUUUGUGUCUUGUUUGUAUUGUAAAAAAUACAAAUGAUAUAUAAAAAAAAGUACAAAGACUGUUUUAAUAUUUUGUUAAAUUGUUUGUGAAGAUUCAGAGUGUUUUUGAGGAAAAAAAACUUUUGUACAAAAUCAUUAUAUGGCAGUGUUAGCUGAUGUAAUUUCAAAAUAAUUAAGCCUUCAUUAGAGAAAAUUUUCAACAGAACUAUGGUGAAAAUACGAAAUAAACUCAUUAGUGCAUAAUAUUGUUCUCUGUCAGAUUUGGGUACAAUAAAAGGCACAUGCCCAUCAAACUAUCAGGAUGAGAGAAAAAUAAGUAAAUGUGUGUGUUUUGUGAUUUAUAUUUGAAAUCUGUAUCUAGAAAAAGGUAUGAUUUUGAUAUUAAGUGUCACAAACAUUGGUUUUAGACAUUUUGAGCUGUUGAAUAUUACAUACUGUGGUUAUGCUCUCUUGCAUAUCAGCAUGAUGAACAUUCACAGUAUUUGUUAUAGUGUUCAAUAGCAUAUGUUAUUUCAUAGUGAAGUUACAACUGAAAGAAACUUGAGUUUUUUUUUUUUUUUUGUUUUUUUUUUUUUUUAUGAGCCAGUUGUCAUAGCUGAGUGAGGUAAACAAGGACCAUCUCCACUGCUGAAACCAUGUUAUUCAGAUUGUGCUCAUCCCAGGCAGUUUGACUCUCUUAGAAAGAUCUUCAUCUCAAGUUAUUUCAGUAUAUUGAUACAGAUAACAAGUAACUCCUGCAUUCACUGCCAUUGUUAGAGGAACAAACUUGCUCUUUACUGUGUACAGUAUUUCAAGAAACUUCUUUAGGAGAUUGGCAAAUGCAACGAACAAUACAGUAUUGUAUGCUCCUGAAGCAAAAUAAAUCAGUUGUGAAAUAUAUCAUAUAUAUUUCCUAUACGUGAUGGUACAGUACUAGUUUUAAGAGUUCCCCAAAAUAUGUAACUUAGUUUAUGCUCAUUAUGUAAACUUACAUCGAAAUCACAGGAAUGAAUGCAGGAAGUUCUCUUAUCUGUGUUAUUUCUUGGUUAAUUUUGAAACAGUAAACUUUCUUAGUAACUUUCCCCUCCUUUUCUGUAUAUACAUUUUCAAGUGAUCAAUAAAAUGUUUGUGGUUGCCUAUAGAUUUAUUCAUGCCAGAAUAUUUUGAAAAAAUAACCACUGUGCACUUUGGAGUGCAUUGUCAUGUUGGCAAUUUGGAGAGAGAUUUUGUACACUGUAAAUGGCAAAUGCACUGAUCAAAAUACAAUAGUUUACAAUCAGUUUUUUCUUUUAAAUAAACACCAGCUGCUUGUAAUGUAUGUCACAUUUCUUUGUUACCUGGAAUCACUCCAAAAAUUGCACUGAAAAUAGCUAUGCAAAUAUAUGUAAUCUGAUCUCUUAACUUAUAGAUCUG